AUGGCGGCGGCGACCAAGACGAGCGCGGGCCAGCGCGCCGAGCGCUUGAAGCAGCAGGCGGUGCAGCUCUCGGCCGAGAAGGCCGCCAACCAGAAGGUGCUGCAGCACUACGCCAAAACGGUGUACUUCAACGACCUGUGGGUCUCCUUCCUGAGCAAGAUGGCGGGGCUCGUGGCGCUCAUGAGCUACCUCGAGGUGCAGCGCAUGCGCCACAGCCCGCGCGGCCUCGGCUUCAUCGCCGGCUUCGAGGCGCUGUCCGUGCUCAUCGGGGCCAGCACGGUGCUGUUCAUCCGGCGGUGGGUCAACCCGCUGCUGGCCUUCAAGGUGGCCUUCGCCUUCUCGCUGCUGCAGGGCUUCUGGUUCGUGGUCAGCUUCUACUCGCGCUUCAUGGAGCUGCCCCGCCAAGCGGGCGACCUGCUGGCCGAGCAGAUCCCCUUCGGCCUCGUCUACUUCGUCGUGUGCUGGGUCUCGGACCGCUUCAUGAUGCGCUCGCAGGACAUCGCCAAGCAGACCGCCAACGACAUGCGCGCCGUGCUCAAGGGCAAGGCCGCCGAGGACCCCGAUUGGGCCGACGUCGUCAAGAUCCCGCAAGAUGACGGCCCGGACCCCAUCGUGAGCAUCGCGUACCCCGCCGACUUCACGGAUGUCAUGGACUGCUUCCGCGGCGUGCUCAAGAUCAACGAGUAUAGCGAGCGCACGCUGGCGCUGACGCUGGACGUGAUCGAGGCCAACCCGGCCAACUACACGGUCUGGUACUUCCGGCGCCGCGUGCUGGAGGCGCUGGGCUCGGACCUCAAGCCGGAGCUGCAGUUCACGGCCGACAUGGCGCUGCAGAACCCCAAGAACUACCAGAUCUGGCACUACCGCCGCGAGAUCUGCAACAUGAUGCGCGACGGCAGCGAGGAGAAGGCGCUGUGCGAGGCCUCCAUCGACAUCGACUCGAAGAACUACCACGCGUGGGCGCACCGCCAGUGGGCGGUCAAGACCUUCGGGCUCUGGGACGGCGAGCUCGAGUACGUCGACAAGCUGCUGCUCGAGGACGUGCGCAACAACUCGGCGUGGAACUACCGCUGGUUCGUGCUGAGCAACACGUCGGGGCUGGCCACGGCCGCGGACCGUCAGCGCGAGGUCGACUACGCGCUGGAGAAGGUCUCCAUCGCGGUUCACAACGAGAGUCCGUGGAACUACAUCCGUGGACUGAUCCGCGGCCAUGAGGCUGCGUUUGCGGCUCAGCUCAAGGAGAAGGCGCAGAACAUUCUGACAGCUACACCGGACUGCAUCUUCGCCGCGGGCUUGCUGGUGGACUUGUACGCGAAGGAAGGCACGGACGACACGGUCGCAUCGGCCACGAAACUGCUGGAGACACUCAUGAACGAGACAGACCGCGUGAGGAAGGCCUACUGGCAAUUCCGCCUCACCACGCUCAAGCGGCGCGCUUAGAGCGGAUGUUUGCCUUGUUGUCCUCAGCAGAAACCACUUUGUAGGUAGGCGCUAAUCUCUGCACUAUGAACAAGUCUGAGUAGCACGACGGCUAUCAACACGAAACAGGCACGGCU